UCGGAAAAUGCAGUAAACGUGGCACUCUCUAAUUUCCCGCGUUUUACUAGACAUAGUUGAUAUUUCAUGAUGAGUAAAACAAUUGGUCGAAAACACCGGUUGCCGGACUUUUGAAAUAAAUAUUAUUAUUGAUCGUAAAUUUCAAUCAACUUUUAGUAGGUAUUAGUUUGGCCUGGUUUUAUUGUGUUGAUAGGAACUACAACGGACGCAAUUAUUCUAUCAGCCUAUUAAUCUGACAGAAAACGGAUGAAGAUUGACACAGAGGUUGAUGACUACAUAAACUGAUAUCAUCGGUCAUCGCCAAUAAGAUGCCUGUUUUAAGAAAAAGAGCGCAGGGGGACAAUAAAUUUGUGAAUGGGUUAUUCAUACAUUCAAACCCCCCUAGACUUUUACAAUUGAAUUCUGCUUAUAUUAGGCAGCUGAUUAGACAAGGUGAUGUGGAAAAACUGGAACAUGCCGUCCUAGAGGGACAAGGAAAAAAGUUAAUAGGAGAAUAUUCGCCCGAUUACAAGACCAGAGCUUUCCUCAAAUCGAUACCAGCUCUAAUGUCUAAAAUAUCUCUUCUUCACGAUGCUGUUAACAGCGGUAGACUUAAUGAGUUGAAAACGCUUCUGAACGAAGAACCAACAGAGAAGAAAAAGAAGCUGGUCAUGGCAAAAGAUGAAUCUGGUGUUGGGUUAUUGCAUAAGGCGGUAUAUUAUGAUUUGAAAGAUAUAUAUAAAUGGUUAAUAGAGAAAUAUCCUGCUACAGUAUCAAUGAGAGAUUCGGAAGGUAGAACACCAUAUCACUAUACCCCAAUGUGUAAAGACCCUCUUGGUGCUCAGAAACUUCUUACUAACGCCGGAGCGGAUAUUACUGCCACCGACAACUAUCAACAUACUGCCAAAUAUUACAUGGACCACAAUCAAGAACUAGAACUACCCAGUGGACAAAAAUCCACCACCAUUCCAAGAAAAAACACUGCUAAUAAAGACAGUUUAAACUUUAAGAAGUCCAAUAUCAGGAUAUGGAUUCAUCAAAGGAAUAUGGCGAAUUUACAACAAGUCGUAUGGGAAGGUCAUGGUGGGAUGUUGUUAGUGGAACAUAGCAAUAAUCAAAAAAUCAAAAAAUUUUUAGAAGCAGUACCUCACAUUAUGGGCUUGAUCAAAGAUAUUCACUGCGACGUGCAAAACGAUGAUUUGGAAAAACUGAAGGAACGAGUAUGUCCUCCUAUUCCACCGAUUGUUCUCACAGGGAAAGAUGUAAACGGAUUGACACCUCUACAUAAGGCCGCUGGUCUUGAUAAGCAAAAGAUUGCAGAAUAUAUAAUUCAAGAAUAUCCCGAAAGUAUUAACUGCGUAGAUAAUGAAGGUAGAACGCCACUACAUUACGCUGCUUUAUUAAAGGAUAACGGAAACAUGACAAAUUUUUUAAUCGAACAUGGGGCUGACGAAUCGGCUCUCGACCACAAACAAAAAACUGCUGCUUACUAUAAAACACGACAUUCGGAAAUUGAUUCAAAGCUCCUUAACGUUAUUCCGGAUUGCCCAAGAUCAGCCAAAGAAUCAUUCGCUGCAAAUUUUGAUUGGAACAUAUUGACAUCAUCACCAUCAAUGAAUUGGAUUCAAAACGGCUCUAAAAAAGCUUUAGAGAACGUAGAACAAAAAAUUAAUGAUGAAGACAUUGACGACACAGUGGAAAAUCGUGAAAAUCACAGAGGAAAUGAACAAAGCCCAGAACCAGUUCAAAAUGGGGAUCAUAACCUAAAAGAAUUAAAAGAAGACAUCAAAGAAUCGCAUAAUGAACUUGAAGAUAAAACAGAGGCGGCAGAAGAGAAGUCAGAAGAAAUAAAAGAAGAUUCGAAACUUCAGGAAUCACCAAACCACGAAAAAACUUUGGAUCUCAAACCGGAAGUGCACUCUGAACCAGAAAACAAUGUAGAAAAAAAAGAAAUAUCUUCAUUUGACACCGCUCAAGAAACACUUGAAGGAAACAAAUCAGAACAAGAUUUCAUAGAGAAUAAAGAUGAUGUAAUUACGGAAGAAACUACUGAUAAUAAUAACAAUGAUACAGAGGUUACUGAAUCAGUGCACCCCACAGAGGAAAAAAAUGACAUAGAAUCUGUCAAAGAACCAGAAUCCAUAUCAGCAAAUAAUAAAACUCGACCAAAUUGUUCGAACGAAGCGGUAAAAAGCCGUCCCAAUAGUCAAAAAUCCAGACCAAUGAGUCAUGCUCAAGAGAAAUCCAGGCCCAAUAGUAAAGUUUCAGGAAAAAUUGUUCCUCCUGUAGAAGGUGGAGAAGGUAUUAUCGAAGGCAUUGUGGAUGGCAAAAACGAAGUGGAAGCUAUGGAUAAUGAAGGUAUAAAUGAACCUAGACCCUCAGAUAAUGAUGACGACGUUAAAGUUUUAGUAGAAGCAGGAAAUAUGGAGCAAUUAGCAGCGAUGGUUUUGAACGGAGAUGGAGCAAAAUUAAUAGAUAUGAACAGUGAAAAUCCGGAGCUGCAAACUUUUUUAGAAAACGUUCCAACUUACAUGUCAAAAAUACAUAAAAUUCACGAAGCAGCUAGAAAUGGCAGUUUAAGAAACCUUCAAGCAGCACUGGAUAGGCGCAAGUUUGCUAUAGCAAAAGAUAAUAUUUCUCCAAAAGGAGCAUCGCCACUUCACGUUGCCGUCGUAUUUGGAAACACGAGUAUAGUAAGAUACCUAGCUGGCAGAUUUCCCGAAACUCUUCAAAUGGUAGAUGACGAUGGUAGAACGCCUCUUCACUACGCUGCUAUUUUAAAUGAUAAUGGACAUUACUACAAUUUAUUAGUUCAUUUAGGAGCGGAUAUGCGUGCAGAAGAUAAGUUUGGUUUCAACCCCGAGUAUUAUAGGAAAAAUCAACAAGAUUUCAAUCACAAAAGUUUGCUUCGAGAUUUUGGAGCCGAAGAAGAUGAAGCUGAUGAAAUUCUUACCGAUAAAGAAAAGGUAGCUGCAGAAAAUGGACAUGUUGAUAUGCCGUUUUUUGCUACCGAAGAAGGCCGAUAUUUAGCUUCAUCUUUAGGAGAUCCUUUAAUAAAAGGAUUAACUGAAGUUGCCAAUAAACGUCCAGAAGAUCCUAUCGCCUACCUAGCUCAGUACCUUUACAAUUUCGCAAAUAACAGAAACAAUAUAAAGUCCAGAGGAAAAGUUCAGGAAGAAGUUCAACAAAACAUAAAUGGUGUUCCAAAUGAUGAAGGAAACAAUAAUGUUGUCCCUGCAACAAUAGAUGUUGUUACUGUGGAGCCUGAUGAAGAUAACAAAGAUGAUGAAUCUGCAUUCAACCCCACUAGCCGAGAUGAACAUGGCCAGAGUAUGCUACAUUUUGCCGCCGCAAGAUCGCAUGGUCGUAAUGCCUUUUUUCAACUUUUGCAAGAAACAGAAAUUAAUGUUGCCUACAGAGAUGAAUUAUAUAGAACUGCUAGAGAUAUAAGUAUCCAAGCAAACAUCCCAGAUAAUACAGAAGAAAUUGAUAGAUACGUCUUGUAUAUUGCUACGAAAGGAGACACCGAUAAAUUGGUUGAGUUGUUAUUGGAUGGUUACGACCACAUAACCGAUAUAGUUGAUAGCGAUGAUGUGCCUAUAGUUGAAGCGGUUUCUAAAGCAAAUCAGCCCGAUACAGUUUCAUUUUUGCAGUCAAUUCUAGCUUUUGAGGAAAAACGUGAAAGAGUUCAUCAUGCUAUCCGUCAGGGUUCGAUCAAUGACGUAACCGCUCUUCUAGCUGACGAAAAUGAUACAGGCAGCGGCAAACUAUUAGCAAUUGGUAAAAAUAGUUACGGAAGAUGUACACUACACAUCGCUGUAUUGUGUCAACAAGAAGAAAUUGUUGAUUAUUUGGCCAACACCUUCCGUGAAACCUUGAAACUAGGAGAUAAUGUCGCCUAUGAAAAGAUCCAGUCUCCUCAUAACGCUGGGACACUCUUCAAAACGCUACGCGGGUCUAGCAAAAGCUCGCUGACCAAGUGCAUUUCCUAUUAAAGCAAUAAAUUAGGCGGCUUUUUGCGGUGUAGUAUUCAAAGUAACACACUUGAAUACUAUUUAGAUUAUAAAAAACGAAUUAUAUGCAAACUUCUGUUACAAACGCAAUAAUUUAAUCAAAAGUUUACAGUGGGCCGAUUUCUAUACAAGCGAGUUUAUAUUUAAGACUAAAUUUUAAACUGCUAUGAUGAUUUAAUGGAACAAGUAACUUUAAGGAUAAUUUUUGUAAAUGAUGUUUGAAUGCAAAUGAUAAAAAUAUCAAAUUGGGUCAAUGUAUAAUUAUAAAGAACUUAUAGAAAACUAUAAUUACAUACCAAACAUCUUAUAGUUUUAUGAUUAGCAGAUUAUCUAGAGAUGAUUUUUUUGGAUAUCAAAAAAAGGAUUUUAUCUUUUUUUUUCUAUAGAGAAACCAUACUUUUGUACUCUUUCAACGGCAAUAGAAUGAGUUAAAGCUUGAUUCUAUACAGAAUAAAUAAAAAAAAUGAAUGAAGAAAAUUUUACACGAGGAACGUACAAAAAUAUUAUCAGUUGAUUGACACCAUAAUAUUUUGAAUUCGAAACUUAUUUACAGUGCAUUCAAUUAUAUAAUGGAAAUUGUAUAGAAUUAAAUGAAUGGUAAUAUGAAAUAAUGUAUUUACCGACAUUUUUGAAAAAAGUGUUCGACAGUAUCUAACAAUCAUGGUCGAGUCCGAAUAUUAUAUUAACUAAAUUAAAAAAAAAUGUUGGUAUACAUGUUAUUGUUUAUUACCAUCCAUAUUUUAUGUAAAAUUUUUGGAUGGAUUCAUAUAUUAAUAGUUUUGUAUAACUUCAAAUAAAAAUUUAAUUUACUAUCCUACUCUAAAAGUUUCUGGCGCUGUUUUUAAAAUCUUUACGUUUGCAACUAAAGCGCCACCUUUAUUUGGUCCCUUUCAACGGACAUUUUUUGAUACGUUGAGAUUUUUCUCGUUACCUCCAAACUAGAAAAUAUCUUUUAAGCGUAAAAUUAUGAAAACCAUCGAAAAUAUCUGUAUCAAGGGAUUUUUUACAUUUUUUUAGUUUUUUUUUAAACUAAUUGUGGCCUUAUAAUUGAUAUAAGAAAAUAUCAAUUUUUGUUUCUUGGCUUGUUCUUUCAGUAUAUUUAUAGAAACUUUGGUGGAGAUACUGUAAACUCCGAAAUUAUGGCAUUUGGGUAUAGAUGAAAAAUAAUAAGUAUUUCUUAAGAAUUUCUAAAAGCGAAAAAUAGUUUAACAAAGUUCAUUAAUUUUCCGGAAAAAGGAAAGAUAUGACAACAAUGUAAAUACCACCAUAGUACCGGGCGUAUCACAAGACCCUCGUACACAAAAAUUUAUAAAAAUCGUACAAGCCAUUCCCAAGAUGAUUGAGGCGCUCCAUACAUAAAACUCACUCUGUAUAUUACAAAAUGUACAGUAAUAAACGUUUGUAUAGUCAGUAUAACAAAUUGAAAAAUAUUGCAAGGAAAAAUUUAAUUAUAUAAAAGUUACGAUAAUGUUAAACACUUAACAAUUUCAUUACAUUUGAGAGUCACUCUUAUUUAAAAUCGUGAGCUUCUCAUAUAAAAUUAGUGCCGGAUCAUGAAAAUAUUGAAUGAGUGAAUAAUUUCUUGUUUCUGUUUAUGAAACAUGAAAUCCUUGCAUGAAUACGUUCAAUCACUGAGUUAGAAAAUAUUUCACAUUAUUUUAUCAACUAUUUGGUAACACCACUUAACUUGUAUAAUGCUCUACAAAAGUCUCAUCUCCUUCGUAACUUUAGGGUCAUACAUAAACUAGUGAUACUAGAAACUGGAUAUAAGCGGUUGGAAACUGAUCUACUAGUGAUGAUAAAUGACGUAAUCGUCACAACGCGAUAUCAAAUACGCGUUUAAUAAAUCCAGAAUUUCAAGAUUCGACUGGCUGUUAGAAGGGUUUUUGUUGGACGAGGUUCAACCGAAUUGUUACCUCGGAUCUGAUACCUUUCAAAUUUUUUCUAGGGGGGUAUCUCAAAUCUAAGAGCUACAUCACUGAACCUUACAAUAUUAAAGUUUUAAAACAUGUUUAACUGAAAAAUGAGGAACACUGAGGGAAUUCGAGAAAACUUUCUCAAAAGGAUAAUCAACUGUCAAUUGUAUAGGCUACUUAAUAACUUAUAAUAGAAGGGCCAUUUGACGUACAUUGGCGACAAAAUGAUGUCAUCUGGUACUAUUAAUGAGUCAUAAUCAUUAGUCGGACAGUUUACAACGUACUAGUUUUUGUAUAACUGUUCCAAAGACACAAAAGAGGAAGUGGACUAUUGAAAAGGAUAUACCCUGCAGACCAAAAGUUUGAGACAUAUUAAUUAAAGUAGGAAAAUCGAAUAAAACUUCAAUAAAACACUAACUAUUUAAUUUAUCUGUUAUAUCAUCAAAUAAAACACUUUUUGACAUACAAUAUACUUGAUAAGCGUAAAGAAAUAUUAGGAAUCUAUACUAAAAAAGGCUAUAGGCAAAUCUGAUUUUUCAUCAAAUAAUACUUCUGUCUUUUGAAAUAUUGCUUCUCGUGAGGAUGGACCGCAACUACGGACGUUCCUAUCAAGCUAUAAAAAAUCAAUGGAAUUGAGAUCCGGGUUCUAAGGAGGUCAAACCAUGUUUAUUAACACCCCUUGUGCAUCUUUCUCUUCCAAAUAUCCUCUCCAUAAUUUGGAACUUUAAAUGAUUUGUCCCAUUGGAAAAUGAAUCCAUUCGCAAUUAAUCGCAAACCCGAUGGAACAACAUUUUGUUCUAAAUUUUUUUUGUACUGUUUAUUAUCCACAGUCUGACAUAUUCUUUUUUAAAACGCUACGUUGCACGUAAAUUCUUUGUUUUGAACCGGAAUAGCUCAAACUUGGAUUCAUCGGUUCAAAAAACUCUUAAAAUCUUCUUCAGUCCAAUUUCAGUCACUCGCCGUUUCACUGUAGUCAAUGAUAAAGGUUUAGCUCGGGUUUUUACUUCAUCGCGGAUUUCUGGUGUGUUGAGCGUCUAUUUCGCUUGCUGGUAACAACAAUGAAAUUAUCUUUACUUGACGUGGUAGCUCUCGACGUUCCUGAUCUGGACGAUCUUGAAAACUGCCUGUCUUCCGGUAUCGAGUUAUGUUACCAUAAACACAAGUCUUCGACAACUUCAUAUUUAAAGCAAUCUCACGUUUGGAUUUUCCGUCAUUAUAUAAUACAACGAUGAUAGAACGCACUUUACUUGCUUCACUGCUCGUGCAUUUCCCAUUUUAAGACGUCUUCAUUGCAGAAGUUAGAUUGUUGGUGAACAAACCCAUGUAAUGUAAUGAUAAGUCGGAGUGUGGUGUUUUUAGAAGCUAAAUAAUGAUUAUUAUUGAUCGAUGGGAAACAAAAUCAAAGCAAUUAGGUAGUUAUUACCACAUCAUAACAAUAUUACUGCUCCACCACUUGGCUCUAAAGCCACGUGUUUGAAAAAUACAUGUUUAUUGUUCAAUUACAUGUUUAUUGUCCAAUAACUUAAAAGUGAAUGAAAGUAUGACUUCUUUAGAUAUCUGCAAUUUCUUAUUUCUUAGACAUUUUGAUAUGUUUAUGUUUCUAAAUCGUUUUAAUUUUAGGUCUCUUCUGAUUUAAAAUUAGAUUUUUUCACCUGUCUAAAAAUACUAAUUGAUAGAUAAUUAUAUUGUUUUAAUGUGGUUUUAAACCUUUGGAUGCAGUGUAUACAUUGGACAACGCAAAUAAUAUUUUGAUAAAAUGAAUGAAAGUUGAAGAAGUUUUUUACUUUAGCGUAAAUAUACAAUGUACUGAUGUUUUUCAAAAAUUUCUAAUAUAACAUUUAAAGAAACGCUUUUCUUGUUAAAGAAUGUUAAAUGUUAGAUUGAAAUUUUCGAAAAUUUGACUCUAAAUAAUAAAAUCCUACGUAGUGUAUUAUCAAAUAUAAUUCUAUUGAAGUUUGUUAUUAAUAAUUUAUUACUGUUUAUACAAACAAGUAACCAAUAAGGUAGCUGUAUUGGAAAUAAAAUAAUUUUUAUGUGUGUUAA